AUGGCAACUCAUGAAAAACACGAUCCUUCAAUGAUCCCCAAAUCAUCACUAGACCAAUACCAACCAUCAAGAAAAUUCGUAAGCGGAGUACGCUACUUUGAAAUAAUCUGCGGAAUAAUAGCAGUUAUUACGCUAGGCACCACCGCAGGCGGCCACAAACAGCUUUACGACAAUAUUCCAAACUGGGUCAUCUAUGGACUAGUGGUCUCUUGCACGGGCACAGUAAUUUCAACGAUUUCUAUCAUCGAUACGAACCUAAAAUACGCAUUGCUGGAAGGGUUAACGUCGUUCAUUUGGUCAUGUGCGUAUUUGGUUUACGUGGUGUUUGGGGCGAUUAAUACGCCCGCUGAUCAGGAUUGUAGUAAUUUUCAUGGUUGGGAAAGGACAACCUGUAGUAGUCCCAAAGCGGCAGAAUUCUUUGCAUUUAUUGCCGUUUUUGCUUAUGGCUUUUCGGCAGCUACGGCAUAUAGGGUUUGGUUUGCUCGUAGAAAUUCUAAUAAUUAA